AUGUCAGUGGAGGCUCCUCAGAGAGCUGAUGUGGACGUUCAGCUCAACAACAGACACAUGAUGAUCCGUGGGGAGAACGUGUCCAAGAUCCUCCAGGUCCGCUCCACUGUCACACAGUGCUUCAGGGACCACUUCUUCAACCACGGAUACUGUGAGAUCACCCCGCCCACCCUGGUGCAGACCCAGGUGGAGGGAGGUUCCACCCUGUUCAACCUGAACUACUUCGGGGAGGAGGCGUUCCUCACCCAGUCCUCUCAGCUCUACCUGGAGACCUGCAUCCCUGCCCUGGGAGACACCUUCUGUAUCGCACAGUCCUACCGCGCUGAGCAGUCCCGCACCCGCAGGCAUCUGUCUGAGUACACUCAUAUAGAGGCAGAGUGCCCCUUCAUGACCUAUGAAGACCUUCUGAGCAGGCUGGAGGACCUGGUGUGUGAUGUGGUGGACAGAGUCCUGAAGUCUCCUGCUGCUCCUCUCCUCUACCAAGUCAACCCUGACUUCAAGCCCCCCAAGAGGCCCUUCAAGAGGAUGAACUACUCUGAUGCCAUCAUCUGGCUCAAGGAACACGACAUCAAAAAGGACGAUGGGACCUACUACGAGUUUGGAGAGGACAUCCCAGAGGCGCCAGAGAGGCUGAUGACUGAUGCCAUCGGUGAGACCAUCCUGCUGUGUCGCUUCCCAGCUGAGAUCAAGUCUUUCUACAUGCAGCGCUGUCCUGAGGACCGACGCCUCACUGAGUCGGUGGAUGUGCUGAUGCCUAACGUUGGAGAGAUUGUAGGAGGGUCUAUGAGGAUCUGGGAUGCUGAGGAACUGCUGGAGGGAUACAAGAGGGAAGGCAUUGACCCAACCCCUUACUACUGGUACACGGACCAGAGGAAGUAUGGGACCUGUCCCCAUGGCGGCUACGGACUGGGCCUGGAGAGGUUCCUGACCUGGCUGCUGAACAGACACCACAUCAGAGACGUGUGCCUCUACCCCCGUUUCAUUCAGCGCUGCCGACCCUAAACUACCAACUACCCACCAUGCCCCCUGUCUGCAGCUAGAUUGCACUGCAACAGACCAAGGGUACAUCCCAAGUGGCACCCUAUUCCCUGUAUAGUGCACU